UUUAUGUCUGAAACAAACAAAGGUUUAUUAAUUAAUCGAAAGGAUUGUUAUCAUUACAGAGAUUUAUAUUUUGAUUGUCUAGAAAAGAACAACGAAAACAAAAAUAGGUGUCAUCGAGAAUUUGAAAAAUUUUCAGAUGUUUGUCAAUCUACCUGGGUGUCGCAUUUUAUUCGCAAACGGGGUAUUGAAAAAUACAAGAAGGCUGUUGAACCUAAACAAGAUGGAAAAUCAGAUGCGAAUGUUACAAGUGAUUUGGGAGAAAUCAUACUAUUUUAUAAGUGUGAUUUUGCUGUAUUUUUUAAGCUUGAUAAAGACACCAAGAAAGUUGCAAUUAUUUUUUUGAGACAACAUUUUUCUGUUGCAAACAAUCAAACUGAUGCUAUUCAAGUACCAUUUUUAACAACAACAAAAACUCCGCAAAAACUAAAUUUUGAAAAAAUAAAAAAUGUCAAAAUAAAUCAACAUUUUAUUCGUUUAUUGGAAGAAUUAUUUUCAAAUAAUUUGUCUUUGGAAGCACUAAAUUAUUGUUAUUCAAUUUUUUCAACUAAUAUUGUUAUUAAUAGUAGAACGUUAAUUUUAGCUGCAAAAAUUGUUGCAAUGUGUCAUACAACAAAAACACCAAUUUCUUCAAUAAAUUCAAACAAAUUAAAUUUAAUUUUAAAUAAAAUACAAAAAGAAUUGCCAAAUUGUGAAAAUUCAAUAAAAUUAACAAUUCAACUUUUAUUGGAUGCAAGUAAAGGAGAUUGGAGUAAAAUAAAUAUUUUGGAACGCAUUCCUGAUAAAGCUGAAUGUUUUGCUAUUUUGGCCAGUAUUUUAAUUGAAAGGAGGGAAUUCGAUAUUUUGAGUUCAUUGUGUUCAAUUAUCCAACCAAAACAAAAAUUUUAUCAACAUCCAAUUUUGUGGAAUUCAUUUUUAAAUUUUUUGGAAGAAUUUAACAACACAAAACAAUGUAAAGAAUUAUUAGAAUUAUUUAUGGAUCAAAUUGUUUCUAUUGGAAAAACAAUUACUAGUGAAGAAUUUAAAUGUAUUCAGGCUGCUUUGAGUUAUUACAAAGAAUGGAAAGUUGAAGAAGCAACAAUUUCUAAAGAAACAUUAGAAUGUUCAAUUUGUAAGGAAAAAUUACCUGAACAAAAGCCUUUGGAUAAUGAACAAUUUUUAAAACUUAGAGACGCCUUUAGAGAAUAUUUGCAAAAUGGGUUGUCAAAUCGAAUUUCUGGAGAAAAUACAGGCAAAGGCAAAUCAGAGAUUCUAUAAAACCCUCGAUAAUUUAAUAAUACAGACAAAAUCUUUAAAAAAUUCCAAACCUUUAAUUGUUGAUGGAUUAAAUUUGGCUAGAGGUGUUUAUAGG